GGACUGUUCACAAGAUUAUGUUGUAAAAAAUUAUUUCUCCUACUACCUGUUCAGAAUUUCUGCUGCAAUGGGCCAGGAAGUUUUCUACAUUACAUUUCUUCCAUUCACUUACUGGAUCAUUAACGCCCACGUUGCACAGAGACUGAUAAUUAUGUGGUCGGUAGUUAUGUAUAUUGGUCAAGUCAUGAAAGACCUUCUGAAGUGGCCUCGUCCACGUUCACCACCUGUUGUCAAGCUAGAAAAGAAGACGAAUGCAGAAUAUGGAAUGCCAUCCACACAUGCAAUGGCAGCCACUGCCAUCUCUUUCACUUUUGUAUCUGUGACUGCAAACCAGUACAAGUAUCCACUUGAACUUGGACUGUUGGGAGCCUUCUUAUUUUCAUCUCUGGUAGGCCUCAGCAGAAUUUACACAGGAAUGCACACUGUGCUGGAUGUCGUUGUCGGCAGUCUAAUUUCCUUAUUUUUGACUGCUGUUUCCUCUCCUACGUGGGAUAUUGUGGAACACUUGAUGCUCACCAGCCCUUUCUGUCCAGCAUUCUGCAUCAUUGUGCCCCUGUUCUUGUGCUACAAUUAUCCCAAACUAGAUUAUUACAGUCCAACUAGAGCGGAUACUACCACUAUUCUAGGAGCUUCUGCAGGAGCAAUUAUUGGGUUUUGGGCAAAUAAUCACUUUGGUUCAAAUGCUGCAUCUAAAGGUGUCAUUUACAGUGUUUCUUCCAUCACUAGUGAAAUUAUCUUGCUAGUGCUUGCAAAAUUUAUUGUGGGGAUUGGUGUUUUAAUGAUCACACGGCAGUUUGCCAGAACUAUCGUUCGUAAAUCAUUAUGUUCUUGGCACAAGGUUUCUAACAGUGAUGUUGUAGCUAUGCGGCAAACAAAAAUUGAAGUGCCCUAUAAAUUUAUAACCUAUUCUUCUAUUGGUCUAAGUGCUACAAUGUUUGUGCCACUACUAUAUACAUUUUUUGGAUUAAAUUAAAUGCUAUGCAUUUGUUUUGUUUUUUAAUUGUCCAGAUUUUGGACUGCAAAUUAAAAAGAUUUGCAGUAGCUGGGGGGCUGGGAUGAUGGGAGAAUGGAAUGUGCCUUUUGCAUAAGCUCUUUAGGAUUGCUAAUACUGGAGAUUAAAGAUGGGAUUUAGUUAUUCUAGUAUUCAGUGUGAGAGAGAUGGUCACAGACCAAAAAAGAAAAAUAAUCAGGAAUGGCGUUUAAUUCUAUGUAUAUUGAUGUAUUAUUACUAAGAAUUACCAGCUUUGUAAGUUUGCAUUGAGGAAACAAUAUAGUACAAUAUCAGUCUUCAUCAGUUUGUAAACAUAUGUGACUGGGGAUAAAUGCAAUCUAUGAUCUUCCUUGGAAUGGAGAUGCCGCACUAUUCCUCUAGGGCAGUGAUCGCUAACCUUUUCUGCACCGAGUGCCCAAAGUGCGUGCAUGCACAUGCAUCCCCAAAAUCCUGCACAUGCGCCCCACUGCCGUGCAUGUGCCCUGCCCCCUGUGCAUGUCCUGCCCCAUGCAUGUGCGCACAUCCCCACGCAUGUGCACACGUAUCCCCCACGCAUGUGCACAUAUCCCAAGGCAUGCAGCCUGCCCCGCGUAUGCACCCCGGCCUCCACACAUGCGCAGCAGAGACCCAAAGACCAACUGGUUGGCGGGAGGCACGCACACACAUGCGUGGCAGAGUUGAGCUGAGUCGACAGCUUGUGUGCCCACAGGGCUCUGCGUGCCACCGCUAACACACGGGCCAUAGGUUCACCAUCACGACUCUAGGGUUUAAAUGGCCCUGCCAGUCUCCAUCCUAACCUUUUAUCUUACAUACCAUAAAAAUAGAGGUCUGAAUUUUAAUUUUUCUCUGAUUUGUAUUUUUGAAUAAGAAGGGGUCUGAAAGAUAUUGAUCGUAUGAAGACAUAAAAUUCUUACUUCAAAAUACUGUAGAUGUUUCUUAGGAAUGUAGCACUGACAGCAUAAAGGAAGCAGCAUUUUGCAUUCUAAUGCUAAUGCAAGAAAAAGUUGCUGAGUUGCUUGUCAGUUUUUUUUCUUACUCAUUCUCGUUCUAAACGUUACAGAUGAGCAGGGGUGGAUGAGAUGAUUGGUUAUAUGAAAGCACGUAUGGAGACUGGAAUAAUUUAUUAGUGGUACUGGUCAAUUAUUCUUCAUAUUUGCAUUAUAACGGGACCAGAAGACAGUAAAACCUCCAUAUCAUAGCUUUUAAUUUAACAGAUUUUAGAUAUAAAAUGUUUUUGUUUGGACUUCACCUCUAUUCACUUACAUCACGAAUAUAAUAUAAUUACAUAAAUGAGGUAACCUAUAUAAAUUGGAGUUUAACAAACAUCUGGAGGAUAUACUAAACCAUGGCUUUACUGUACAAUGCAUUAUUGAAUUAAGUAGGACAAAUCUAUUUGAAAUAGAUUACUGAAUGUAUGUUGUCUUCCCAACAGCUUUGGGUUUGUUUACAUAACUUUUUUUAUGAAGAGCACCUAGUCUAUGCUGUUCAACAAGACUGCAUGUAUAUGUUCUUAUUUAUAAAUUAUACAAUGUUUCUAUUUUUGUAUCAUUUUACCGUAAUAUGCUAAAUACAUAAUCUGAAAAAAUACCAUCAAUUGCUACAUUCAAAUUGUGUGUUUCUAUAUUUUUUAAAUUAAUACAUACGUCAUAUAUCUGUACCUGUAGCAAGAGAAUAUUAUAUAGCAAGAGAAUAUUUCAAAAUAUAAAUGUCAAAUGCUCUUAGCAAGGAAGCACUAACAAAUACAGAAUUUUCUGAUUACAUUUUUAGUUCUUGUAGAAUAUGAAUUAAAAUGUUAAGCAAGACUGCUUGCAAACAUAUAGAACUAGAUAUGGACACUAGGUAAUGGGUUCAUGAUUAACAUUUAAAGGAGGCAUUCAGAUCCUAUAGCCUUGCCUCCAUUAAUUUGAUCACUCCAUCCAAGUGGUCUAUACGUUAAAGAUAUUUAUUGGGAAUUCAUUUAACAAGUGAGAUUUUUCAGCAUAAAUCACUAGUGUCCAAAAUUUUGCUUCAAUUCCCUGUAAUCUCAUCAUCACCACAACUUAGGUUCUCCUAUGAUCAUUAGUUGGGCAUUUUUUCAUCGAAAGACUUAGUUACUCAAUAUGAAAAUCUGCAA